UGUCCAGUAGGAGUGUGUUUUUGGAGCCUCUAAAUUUAUGUUCUCUAUUUAUAUAUACAGUCCCUGUUUUCGGUGGAGAACUUUGUCCAUUACAUGACUGUGUCCUUGGAAAUGCUGAUGAAUGAGGUUCCUCGAAUGAUAGUGAACGUGGUCCAGAUACUGCCGAUGGAGACCUUGAGGGAAGUACAGAAACCCACGCCAGGAUGUCUGCUCCAAAGGUCAUUCUGCUCCUGUCUGGUAAGACCAGCUGCGGGAUCUGCUGAUCUGAAGGAGCUGGUUGGAGUCAACCUCGAAUUCCAGAAAGCACUGGAGCAGCUCUUGCACACUGACCGCUUCUUCAAGAAUGACUUCGCUGUAGUUUUGCAGCCAUUCCUGAAACACGCAGAUCCUCCAAGACUCCCUAAUGGGAAGAUUGAUAUGAGCUUUUUUACACCUGACUGUUUCCACUUCACCAUGAAAGGACAUGAGGAGUUAGCCAAGGGACUGUGGAACAACAUGUUUCAACCUGAGGGGGAGAAGUUCAUGGUGGAGAGUUUUUCAAACCCUAUUGAGCUCAUUUGCCCCCCUGUGAGUCAUCCAUACAUUUAUACCAGACACAGUGCUGCAAAGUCAGGCACAUCACUUCCUGAGAUGCCCCAGUCAGCUGGCAUCAGACUAACUUUUCUCCACCUCGUCUUGGCUUUCCUUCAAAUGUGGUUGGCUGUUAAUCUGGCCUCCUUGUAGGACAUCCAUAUGGAGUAUCAUGGUACAUCAUGUCUGCCCACCCAAUGUUCUGCUUGGGCUUAAUAUCGUUGCUUUGAACCAUUGAGGAUCUAUUCUAAGACUCGAGCCACUGCAGGAUGGUCUAUGAUGAAACGAUAAUGAUGGAGUAAAAGAUAAACAAGUUAUCAAAAAUGAACAGGAAAUUGGGUUUGGCAAAAUAUGAAGACUUGGUUACAGUCAAUAUCAUAUUUAAUUGCUCUGUAGAGUUUAUGUAAUGGAAAUGGGAAUGUUGAAACCUCAGAAUAGAAAAAUAUAUGCUAAUGUGAUGACCUUUUCUGAUAUACCCAACCAAAAUAGCACAAGAGCAGGGGCAAAACCACUUUUGGCUCGGCAUAAUGCUGCUAUAAUUCAUUUAGGCAUGAAAGGUAACUGUGUAAGCUAAUUCCGGAUGGUUUGAAUAAAAAUGGCCAGAGGUUAUAACAUAAACUCAUUAAGCCUAGAAUUGAAUGUUGACUGAGAACAGCUGUUUUGCUUCUGAGAACAUGGUGGAAAGUAAACUGUUUGAGAGCUUCUUAAUACCCACAAUUAUAAGAUAAUCGCUUUGGAUGCUGCAACAUGAGAAGUGCUUAAGGGGUACUUACCUGUUUUCCUUCCAUUUUUUUUUUCUUUGAAAGUAAUUUUAUUUAAGAUAUGCUUUUUCUAUACAGCUGAAGGUUCUCCAUGGUUUUUUGAAUGAAUUCUUCUAUUACCAAUCAAAGAACCCAUCUUGAUAGUUGUAAUUAGCAGCUCCUAAAGGUUCUUGAAAACAAACAAACAAAUAAACAUGAAUAAUUUAAAUGAAUUACAGCAAUGCAGUUAUAUUGGUGGUUUCUUCACAUUUAUGUAAUAAAUAUGUUCAUGUUUUGUCAGUCUGUUUGAAUCUGUCUGCAUUUGUCCAAACUUAGCUGAGUGCUGAAUAUUCAUUAGUAUUAUUAUUAAAAGUGGAUGUGACCCACUUUAUACCUCAGAACUGUCAGUGAAUUGCUAAUAUUAGCCUGUUCUUCUGUUUUACACAACAUGUAGGUUUUUAUAUUUUGCCACAGGAUGUAAUGUCUAUCAUUAAUCCACUAGGUUGUUGUUUUUCUGUUCCUGAGAUCACAAGAGUGAAUUGAAAGCUUAUUUGUAAAUACCAUGUUUCCUUAACAGUUUACCUUGAACCAAUUCACAGUUGUUUAGGAAGACUAAUAUUUUUGGGGCUUUGUGUUGUACAUAUACUAUAAUAGAUUUAUUUACUUUCCUGUAUCGACAGCUAAUACAGAGCUAUUGCCUUGUUUAAUAUCAAUAAUGAAUAUGAGGUUAUUUAUUUAUUUUUUGCACACUGGGAGUUCUUUUGAUUGGAGUUUUUUUUACAUUUAAAAAAGUAAUUGCUUAACUCCGUUCUGAGAAACUGUUUUUCAUGGCUGAUUUAUUAUCAUGAUCCGAAAUAAUUGAACUCAGUCACAAAAACAAGCAUUUAUUUAAAAAAUGAGAACUUUUCAAAAUUAUCUUUCUUAUAGGGUUUUGGUAGAUGAGUGGAACAUUUUAGUUCCACAUAAGUAUUUUGUCCUCUGGCCAUUUCUGGGAAAAUUGUUAAGCAAAUUGCUCAUUUUGUUCAACCAUGUACAUUGAAUAAAAUAAAUCUG